GAUAUCUUGAGCGAAGUGGGGAAAGACGUGAAGUAAAAGCAUUUUCAAUAGUUACAAGCUUUGCAACCUUGAUGUCACUGUAUAUAUAGCCGUAUUGUAGUGAUUAUUAUAAGUGUUUAGUAUGAUUGAAAAUAACCAUGAAAUGAAAAGUUGAAACAGAAAAUAGAAUCUAAUAUUUUGAGAGGGGAGAAGAAAUACUUGCAGGAUAAAAACAGGGAUGGUGAUGAAGUUAUCGAAGAGCCAGUUGGCAGGAGCACUGGCGACUCUCAAGAAGAAGACCCCACAGUCUCUUCCUAUGUGUGGAGUGAUCCAAGCUGAGUUAAUUGUUGGCUGGGACUGGUAUGACUUCAUUGUAGACAAGUGGCCAGACUUGACAUGUAUUGCUGCCACCCCACAGGAAUGGCUUGUUAAACAUAAAGCCAACAAUGGUGGUGAUGUAUGGAUGAACAUUUUCUCCUGCAGUUCUGAUGCAUCAACCGCAGCAUUCAUUGAACAAUGUGGGAUCAAAUUCAAAAAUGCUCUAUUCUUUUCAGCAAUACAAGAUAAUGUAUUGAGAUGUCUGAGGAAGAUGUCUUCAUCUCUGGGCAGCAUAAGAACAAGCCCAUGUCAUAUAUUUGGUAUAGAUGGCAGUGCCAAUAUGAUUAAAGAUGUCAAUUUUGAUGGCUUGAUGUUUGAUGAGCUACGACAGAGUGAUGUAGAUUAUGUCAAUAGCACAUGGACAUUUGGUGGAUCAAAACAAACCAAAGAGCUCAUCAGCAACUAUGUUGAAGUAUUCCCAUCAUCUUGUAUUAGAGACAAAGAGAACAAUUCAAUAUAUGCCCAUAUGAUGGUUACAAGAGAUCUGAGUAUGGGCAUGCUACAUGUGGCGGAGUCUAAACGUCGCUUGGGAUAUGGAUCAAUUGUCAUAAAUAAUUUGGCGGCAAAAGUAAAAGCGAUUGGAGGGAUGCCUUUUUGGUUUGUGGUAGAAGACAAUUUGGCAUCGUUAGCACUGUCUGAAAGGAACGGAAAGAAACUAUGCGACGAUAUAUUCUCCUGGGCAAGAUUUGAGCCCAAUAAAUAAAAGGAAAGUUUCACAUACAUUUGUAAAUAAAUGUUGUUACAAAGUAGAAAUAAGCAAUCUCCAUAAUCUUUAUGCAACUUUAUUAUACAAAUAUAAUACAUUUAAUUUAAAGAAAAGGCCAAUUUAACAUAAAUUCCUUGCAAUAUCUUGCUGUUUUUAGUGAAAAUAAUUCAGAAUUUGAGUAAGGAGAAUUUCAAUCCACACACCACACAUACAGAAUCCUAGGAGAAGUGUAUUAUGGUAUUUAUGGGACAAGGUUGCCAUUGAGACCUUUUGGUAGUUUGGAACUAGACAGAAAAACAAAUUGCUAUUGUAUUAGCCUGUAAUAAUCCAGAGGUCAACAGAUCUGGAGUUAUACCUUUUGCCUUGGUAGAUAUGUCAGAUAGAGAUCAGAUAGAUACACAAGAAAAGCAAAAUAUCUUCACCUUUGUCAAGUAAAAUGUAAUAAAUACUUGCCUCGUAA